AGUAAGCGUUCGAUCGAGUUGGUGGAAGUACGGUCAGUAGACGUCGUUCAGUCGUAUAGUGAGCUGUGCUUGUCCUCACUUGGAGUAUUUGUUUUGUUUUGGAUUAUUUACGUUUUACUUAGUUAACAUGUGGGAUUCUCCCAGUAGUGAUCCAUGCACAACGUGCCAAUAUACAAGAUCAACAAAAAUAACCUGCGAAGGUAUUGACGAACCGUUUCUUGACAAGGAAAAUAUGCAGUCUUUCAAUUCUCUGAAAAAUGAUGACCUGUCCAUGUACGAAAGUGGGACCCCCGUUCCGUGCAGAGAAUCCUCUCCAAACCAUUGUCCGCACGCUAGACGUCGACCUCUUGAGGAAUACGAUUCUAAUUCCAGAGAUUCCGGAUAUGGAGCAAGUUACCAUGGUGAAAACUUCUUGUCAUACGCCUCCCAGUCAAGAACCGUAGCAUCCUUCAGUUCCAGCUCCAUGUGCUCCAUGGAAGAAGAAUUCUUAGACCUUUGUGACGUAGAGCCCCUCGAAACAGAAAAUACGAACUUGCCUCAAGACUUCAACAAAUUAAUCUCAAACCCUUUAAUUCAGAGACCCAGACAAGAGCAGGUGGUGUCUCCAAAAGAUGCCGUAAUCAGACCGCUGUUUCGUAGAGCACUCUCCCUGCAAGCCACAAACUCUAAGGUGACCCCAACUAACAGCAGAGUUCGCACCAGCCUGUUUAAAGGCGACUCAGAAUUGAGGUCAUUCAAAAGACCUGAACCACCAGUCGACUUACAGCCUAGUGGGGGUGUGAAACGCUCCAGAAUGUUCGACGAUGAAGAGAUUGAGGAAGCUUUUGUACCAGUUUCGCGGCCCCAGCUUCAGCGGGCUUUUUCCGCUACAGAAGAGAGCAUAAUGUGCGCUCUACAAAGAUCUUCCACAGAACCAGAUUUGAUCGGGGACUUCAGCAGAAACUUCGGAUUGCCAUUGAUCAAGGGCCGUCAUCAGGAUCUGAAAGCCAUUUCUCCACACACUUUAGCACAGCUCAUGAGAGGGGAAUACCAGGAUAUGAUUGGGUCUUACAAGGUUAUUGACUGCCGCUAUCCAUACGAGUUUGAGGGUGGACAUAUCGCUGGAGCUGUUAAUUUCUAUACCAAAGAGCAGUGCAUGCAAUUGCUGAACGACAGCCAGAUCACUGCUACACAUUCCAACAAGAGGCAUAUCCUAGUGUUCCACUGCGAAUUCUCAAGCGAGCGUGGACCUAAUCUCUACCGCUACCUACGCAAGGAGGAUAGAAACAAAAAUGAAACUGAUUACCCCUCCUUGAACUUCCCUGAGGUCUACCUAUUGGAGGGAGGUUACAAGAGCUUCUUUGAGCAGUACUCUGAGAUGUGUACACCUGUGGCAUACAAAGAAAUGCUCCACCCUGAUCAUGAAGAGGACCUGAGACAUUUCAGGCAGAAAUCAAAGACCUGGAACUGCGAUUCUCGCCAGCGUCCCACAAAUGGAAGGAGCUUGAAAAGGCUAGGAUUGUAAAAAUUCUUAUUAAACUGCCAUUUGAAUAUAGUACAAAUUGGGAGAGUGGAAAAUUGAGAGUGUGUGAAUUGAUAAAUUAAAAUUGUACAAAGUGUUGCACCA